AUGCAGUCACGCUUCACACUAGUUCUAUGGAUUACCCUAAUUAGUUUGGCUAGUUCGGAAGAUAUACUAUAUUCAGAUUUGGGAGUCAAAAUACCCAAUCAAAUUGAAAAUGAAAGAAUAUCAUCAUCCGUAAAUGAAUUCGGAUUUAAGCUUAUCAAGGAAAUGAUGAGAAGAAAUGAAAACGAAAAUAUUGUUGUUUCUCCAGCAGGCAUUUCUGGAUUGCUUGCAAUGGCGUUGUUAGGGAGUGUCGGUGAAUCGUACGAGGAACUUGCCCGCGUACUUGGAUUUUCCGAAGAUGUUAGACGUAACCGCGAAAACCACGAUCAUUUCGGUGAUUUAUUGCGGUCUUUAAAUAUAAAUGAUACAUCGAGUAAAACCACGUAUGCUGACGUAAUUUUUUCUGAUAAGACCUCCAUACUUCGGGAAGCUUACCGUAUAUACCUAAACAGGGUGUACGGCGGGGAUGCUCUAACUACCGAUUUUAAAAAUCCACAAGAAGCAAAAGACCUUAUAAAUGACUGGGUCUAUAAUAAUACAGAAGGGAAAAUACCAAAUUUCUUAAAAGAAGCUCUUCCUAUUCAAACAAAAGUUGUAUUACUUAGUGCCCUGUACUUCAGUGGACAAUGGAAGUAUCCGUUUUUAAUAGAAUAUACAAAAAAGCUCCCAUUCAAAGGGCUAACUGAAGAUGUAAUGGUUGAACAAAUGCUGAAUAUGGGCAGUUUUCCGUAUAUUUUUUCACAUAACGAUGAUUUACACAUGAUUGCUCUACCAUACAACGAUAGUGUGACUACAAUGUACGCCUUAAAACCGCGUCGACCAAACGAUCUCAAUUUAACAGAACUCCUGAAUAGAUUAGACUUCAACAAAAUAGACGCUCUUAUCGCGAAAAUGGAAAAUAGGAAAUGUGUUAUAAGAUACCCAAAGAUGGACCUGCAGAGGACUGAGAAUUUAGAAGAAUCUCUUAAGGCAAUCGGUGUGAGAAAUAUUUUUAAACCUGGACAAGCAAAUUUUGCUCUAAUGGUAGAUAACAAUAGAGUGGUCAAUAGAACAGUAAACGAAAUAGUUAGUAGAAUUAAUACAGGAGAUAUUGAUGAUUCAAGAUCUUUAAAAGAAGUUGUAGAUAGCCUUCCUAAUCCAGGAGUAUAUGUGGAUACAGUUUUACAUGACGUCAAACUCACUGUUGAUGAAUAUGGAACUGAAGCCGUGGCAGCAACCAGUGGGGUAUUAGCUCGAUCUGCCGAAUUAUUUUAUGCAGAUACACCAUUCUUUAUGUUUAUACGUAAUGAGAGGACAAAACUCGUAACAUUUAGUGCAGUUAUUUUAAAUCCAAAAUCAUUCCAAACUUAA